CAAUCCCCCGAGCCACCGGCCGGUAAUUUCAGGGGCGUUCCAGAAGAAUAUGCGCGCCCAUUCCCUAGGCGACGGUAAGAAAAGACCAACGCCCGCUCGUUGGCCCCUCCCUCCGCGAGGUCGCCGUCGCGCUUCCGCCCCUCCCGUUUGUCGCGACGCCCUUGGCCGCGGUUUGGAAUCUCGCUAGUAUUUAAGGCGUCACCGCGCCAAUGGCGCAGCCCAACGCCGACGGAGCCUUCGCCUUCUUGGAGAGCUGCCAUUUGGCGCCAAAGCGCCUGUUCCUUCACCCCGGGCGACCACCCGGAGACUAGAGGUUGAUUUAUCGAGGGCCACUAUUGGUCGAAAAUGGACCCAAAGAAAUCAUUAGAUGAUAAAUUCUCCAAGUUGCAUCCAAGUUUGCCAGUAGACACUAAGAUUGGCAUAGUGGGAGCAGGGCCAAGUGGCUUAUCAGCAGCAUAUGCACUAGCUAAACUGGGUUACUGCAAUGUAACUGUGUUUGAGAAAUGCCAGACUGUUUCAGGGAUGUGUGAGUCCAUUGACAUUGAAGGAAAAACAUAUGACUUGGGAGGACAGGUUAUAGCAGCAAACAGUGCCCCUGUUAUAACUCACCUGGCCAAGGAGGUCGGAGCUGAAUUUGAAGAGAUGGAUUCACACAAGCUUGCUCUGAUCGACAGCCAAACCGGAAAUAUUCGAGAUCUUGAAGUAGCUGAGGACUAUGUAUCCAUGAUAUCUCUGACCCUAAAACUACAGGAUGAAGCAAAUAAGUCAGGACGAUUGGGUAUUCAUGCUCUCAGCGGAUUGGCGUCUGACCCAACUCUCGAGUUUUUGAGGCAACAUGGAAUAAAUUCAGUGCCAAAAUCUGUAGCAUAUAGCUACACAGCUUCUGGCUACGGUUUCGUUCAAGACAUGCCCUAUGCUUUUAUUCAAGAGUUUACUAGAACCUCUAUGGCUGGUAAAAUCCGACGUUUCAAGCAUGGUUACAUGAGCAUGUGGGAGAAACUCAGUCAGUCAUUGCCAUUUGAAGUUCUUUGUGGCACGGAGGUCCUGAGAGUCAAGCGCAACAGCUGUGGUGCAAGUGUAACCAUCAAGAAGAACAAUGGCGACGAGCAAGUUAUGGAGGUUGACAAAAUUAUAUUCUCAGGUGCUCUUGCUUUCAAGAACGGCAGUACAUAUCGAUCUUCUAGCCUCACUGAUGGAGAAAGUGAAGUGGCAGAACUGAAUGAUCUCGAAAGAGAACUAUUCAGUAAGGUACAGACAAUAGACUAUUAUACUACUGUAGUUAAGAUUAAUGGAUUUGAGCACAUACCAAAGGGAUUUUACUACUUUGGAGAAUUUAUGGAGGAUCCAACAACAAUAGGGCAUCCAGUGGCAAUGCAGAAAUUCUUUGAUGACACAGACAUUUUCUUGUUCUGGUCUUAUGGGAAUUCGGCGGACAUCAAGGGUUCAUCUGUCGCUAAAUGUGUCACUGACAUCGUGAGUUCUAUGGGAGGCACUGCUCAGAAUGUGCUUUUGCAGCGGCGAUUCAAGUAUUUCCCCCAUGUCAGCAGUGAAGAUAUGAAAGAUGGAUUCUACGAGAGGUUUGAAUCUCAGUUGCAGGGCUUUCAGAAUACUUACUAUGUCGGAGGGCUGCUAGCAUUUGAGCUUACAGAAAGAAAUGCUUCAUACUCCAUUGCAACUGUUUGUAAACACUUUGCUGUCGAUGUUGAGCAAACAGUGACUCCUUAUAUCAAGAGAUUAUUUCCUCUGUCUCGCAACAGCAACCCUUCACCUCCUAGAGAUCUUGGUGAGCUCGAAGGUGUUGAAUUUCCCGACCUUCCAUCCCUGGACGGAUAUUUGGAAUAUUGGGGAACUCACAGAGUAACUAAGAAUAAUGUCAUAUAUACUUGGAUCAAUGAAGAAGGGAAAAUCAUGAAUCAAAGGACCUACCAGGAGCUUCAUGAGAAUGCAUCUCACAUUGCACACAAACUAUUGACAAGCACGAAGCCUAUUAUCAAGCCUGGUGACAGAGUAAUCCUUAUUCACCUCCCUGGUUUAGAGUUCAUUGAUGCAUUCUUUGGGUGCAUUAGAGCAGGAGUUAUACCAGUCCCAGUUAUCCCCCCUGAUCCAAUGCAAAGGGGUGGGCAAUCACUACUGAAAGUUGAGAAUGUCUCUAAAGUGUGCAAUGCCGUGGCAAUUCUAUCAACCAAUUCGUAUCAUGCUGCCGUACGUGCAGGCUAUAUCAAGAACAUUGUCACUCUAGCCAAGAGUCAGAAAUGUUCAGCUCAGUGGCCUGACAUCCCAUGGAUUCACACUGAGUCGUGGAUAAAGAACUACCGGAGAAGUCCGGACAGCUUGAAUUCAGACAAUGUUUUAUCUAUGAGGACCAAGUCCCAGCCAAGUGAUUUGUGCUUUCUACAGUUCACUUCGGGUUCCACUGGUGAUGCCAAGGGGGUGAUGAUAACUCAUGGAGCACUAAUUCACAACGUGAAGAUGAUGAAAAGGCGGUAUAAAAGUACCUCAAAAACUGUCCUUAUCAGUUGGCUUCCACAGUACCAUGACAUGGGACUAAUAGGGGGUAUUUUCACUGCUCUUGUAAGUGGAGGAACUUCCAUUUUAUUCUCACCGAUGACAUUCAUCAGAAAUCCCCUCCUGUGGCUGCAAACUAUCAGUGACUACCAUGGAACCCAUAGUGCAGGUCCAAACUUUGCAUUUGAACUCGUGAUAAGAAGGCUUGAGGCCGAGAAGAACAAAGUGUAUGACCUCUCUUCAAUGAUCUUCCUCAUGAUUGCGGCAGAGCCAGUAAGGCAAAAAACUUGCAGAAGGUUCAUAGAGUUGACACAACCUUUGGGCCUUUCUGAAGGUGUUCUUGCACCUGGAUAUGGGAUGGCUGAGAACUGUGUCUAUAUUUGUUGUGCCUUUGGUGAAUGCAAGCCAGUCUUCAUAGAUUGGCAAGGAAGAGUUUGUUGUGGGUAUGUUGAGAAAGAUGAUGCAGAUAUUGAUAUCAGAAUUGUUGACGCAGACACUUUGAUAGAGCAUCAAGAUGAUGGUAUUGAGGGUGAGAUAUGGAUCAGCAGUCCAAGUUCUGGAGUUGGUUAUUGGGGCCAUCAAGAAAUGAGCCACACAACUUUCUAUAAUCAGCUCAAGACCAACCCCAGCAAGAGGUUCACAAGAACCGGUGAUUUAGGCCGUAUCAUUGAUGGCAAACUUUUUAUCACAGGAAGGAUUAAAGAUCUUAUCAUUGUUGCUGGCAGAAAUAUUUAUUCUGCAGAUGUAGAGAAGACGGUGGAAAAUUCUUCCGAGGUACUCCGACCGGGAUGUUGUGCUGUGGUUGGUGUUCCGGAGGAUGUUCUGACUCAGAAAGGCAUCACAAUACCUGAUUCUUCUGAUCAGGUUGGACUCGUCGUGAUUGCAGAGGUUAGGGAGGGUAAGGCCGUCUCAACGGAGAUCAUCGACAACAUCAAAACACGUGUGGCGGAGGAGCAUGGUGUAGCUGUUGCAUCAGUCAAGCUUAUUAAGCCUAGAACCAUAUCCAAGACAACAUCUGGGAAGAUACGGAGAUUUGAAUGUAUGAAGCAGUUUGUUGACAACAAUCUUAGCUUGGCUGAUGGUAAUCAUCUAUCCAAAAAGAAGAGUCUUUUCCGGUCUCUCACAACAGGAACUGGCAUGGAUAGAAGAAGGAGGCCCUUCUUGAAGCAGACUGUUGAGUCCACCUUUCAUCCUCGACCCAAAAGCGAAGUGAAAAACUCCAAGGAGAUAACUGAGUUUCUGACACAGUUAGUAUCAGAUCAAUCAGGUAUUCCAAUGGAUAAAAUUUCUCCAACAGGCAGCCUACCUUCUUAUGGCUUUGACUCAAUUGCAGUGGUCCGAGCAGCUCAGAAACUCUCAGAUUUUCUCGGAAUUCCUGUUGGAGCCAUUGACAUCUUUGCUGCAAGCUGCAUUUCUGAGCUUGCUAGCUUCUUGGAGACUUUGUUGAAUAAGUCACAACCACAGUUGGCACCUCAUCCCAAAAGCAAGGGGAAAAGCUCCAAGGAGAUUGUUGAGUUUCUGACACAGAUAGUAUCAGAUCAAUCAGGUAUUCCAAAGGACAAAAUUUCUCCAACAGGCAGCCUACCUUCUUACGGUUUUGAUUCGAUUGCAGUGGUCCGAGCAGCCCAGAAGCUCUCAGAUUUUCUUGGUACUCCUGUUGGAGCAAUUGAUAUCUUUGCAGCAAGCUGCAUUUCUGAGCUUGCUAGCUUCUUGGAGAAUUUGUUGCCGAAGUCACAACCACUGUUGGCAUCUGACUUAUCUUGCUCUAGUGAGGAUGAGAGUUUAGUGGUUCCCAUAGACAUUACUGCAGAUUUCAGUGUGCUUGCUACUGGGAUUCUCCAAUCCAUAGCUCUUAUCUAUGUCUGUUUUAUGCUGCUACUCCCAGCAUACCUCGCAAGUUCGACGUAUAUGCAUAUGCUCUAUUCAGUCAGUCUGGUUAAAUCAUCACUGAUGAGAUAUCUCACUUCUUUGGUCAUGGCACCCAUUGCAUGGAUUUUCUAUGUCAUUCUCACUUCUUUAUCACUGUCUAUCUUGGGAAAGUCAUUCCUUCAGCCCAAUUAUGCUCUGACCCCUAAUGUUUCAAUAUGGUCAGUCGAUUUUGUGAAAUGGUGGGCACUGAACAAGGCUCAAGGUUUAGCUGCAAAGAUGCUAGCUGUGCAUCUAAAGGGCACAGUCUUCUUGAAUUACUGGUUCAAGAUGCAAGGAGCUCGGAUUGGGUCAUCUGUUGUUAUUGACACAGUAGACAUCACUGACCCAUCCUUGUUAGUAGUUGCAGAUGGUGCAGUGAUUGCAGAAGGUGCUCUCAUUCAGGGCCAUGAAGUCCGUGACGGAGUGCUGAGUUUUAGACGUGUCAGGAUUGGUCGUGAGGCAUCCAUUGGUCCUUAUGCAGUGCUUCAGAAGGGCACUACUGUGGAUGAUGGUGCUGUCGUCCCACCAUUGCAAAAGAUUGAACCAGGGAAAUUAACAUAUCAAACUAAGAGAACUUCUGCUGACAUGAAGGAAGAAACAAGGAACGCAGGCAUCCUUCUGGAACACCUCGUUUCUAUCUAUGCAGUUGCUUUUAUAGGUUCUCUGUCAAGCGCAACCGUCUACAUGUUGUACACUCACUUCUUCGGCAAUGAGGAUUCAUUUCAGCACUUCUCCUUUGCAUGCAUUGCCGGUGCGUUCCACUGGCUACCAGCUGUCAUCGCCGCUUACCCUGUGAUUGUCCAGGAGACACCCACAAGAGCUUUGACAUUUGCUCUCUCCAUCACCUUCGCCUACUUGAGCUAUGGUGUCAUCCUCAGUCUUCUCUCCAGUAUAGCCAACACAGCUCUUGCUACAAGGACGGAAACCAAGCAGAAGCUUAUGAGAACGAGCUUGAUCCAGCGGCAUAUAAACAUAGCUGUGCACCUCAGAUUUGCAAAGAUGCUAUCUGGAACUGAAGCAUUUUGCAUGUACUUGAGGCUUCUCGGAGCAAAGAUUGGCAGGCAUUGCUCUAUCCGGUCCAUCGAUGCAGUGGGAAAUCCUGAAUUGAUCAGUAUCGGUGAUGGGGUCCAUCUAGGUGACUUCUGCCACAUUGUUCCGGGGUUCUAUUCUGGUAAGGCGUUUACUGGCGCGGAGAUAAAGGUACAGGAGAACACCAUCGUUGGCAGUGGUAGCUUGCUCCUCCCCGGCUCAGUCCUCCAAGAGAAUGUCAUCCUUGGGGCACUUUCUGUGGCACCAGAAAAUUCUCUUCUCCAGCGAGGCGGCAUCUAUGUUGGGGCACAAUCUCUGACCAUGGUGAAGAACACCUUGCUUAUGGAAGAUGAGAGGAUUGAAGUGAUGGACCCAAUGUACAAGAAGAUUGUCGGGAACCUUUCAGCUAACUUGGCAAUCACCACCAUGAAUGUCAAGUCAAGGUACUUCCACCGCAUUGGUGUAAGCGGGCGGGGGGUCCUGAAGAUGUAUCAAGACAUACCAUCUUUGCCCAAGCACAAGAUAUUUGGCGCUGGCAAGUCUUUCCCAGUGAUCGUACGGCACAGCAACAGCCUCAGUGCAGAUGAUGAUGCGAGGUUUGAUGCACGUGGCGCAGCAGUGCGCAUUCUCUCAGACGACGGCGAGGUGCCUCUUCUUGACCUAACCUUGAAGAGUGGCAAAGCAUUUUAUGCACGCACAAUUGCUGACUUUGCCACUUGGCUGGUUUGCGGCCUGCCUGCGAGGGAAGAGCACGUAAAGCGUGUUCCGCACAUCCGUGAUGCUGUCUGGGGCUCCUUGCGGGAUACCAACUCGUACACUGUUCUGCAUUACUACUCAAACAUAUGCCGUCUACUGCGGUUUGAGGGAGGGAAGGAGAUGUAUGCAAAAUUCAAGCUUCGUCCUAUGGACCAAGACAUAUCAGAGGAGUCUGGUCAGGUGGUGCCGAGGGGUAUCUUGCCGCCUGAGACCGGUGCAAUCCCAAGAGACGAGAGUGACACACGCCCUUUGCUCUUCCUCGCUGACGACUUCCAUCGGAGGGUGGAAUCUCCUGACGGGGUGGGCUACGUCGUCCAACUGCAGCUCAGGGAGGUCCCCUCCGACAGCGCCACCUGUGACGUGGCCCUUGACUGCACACGGCCAUGGGAUGAGGCCGAGUUCCCCUACAUCGACAUCGGGGAGAUCAUCAUCGACAGCAAUGUGCCUGCAGACGAGACGGAGAAGCUUGAGUUCAACCCAUUCCUCCGGUGCCGAGAGGUCGACGUCAUCCCGGCGACGUCUUGCAAGCAGAGCGCGUCCAUCGACCACGGGCGCUCACUGGUUUACGAGAUAUGCCAACGCCUACGGAACGGCGAGCCGCUGCCCGCGUCAUGGGCGGCAUUCCUCGAGCAGUCCGACACCAAGAUCAACCUGUCGGGCUGCCCAGUCGCCGCAGCGACACACACAAGAUCCAACGCUGGUGAGGCCACCAAGCCCAAGGUGACACUCGCUAGGGCAUGGUACAAGGCGCUCUGGGCCACGCUGUGCCAGCCGCUGCUGCAAACGCUGGUGCCAUACUUCGUCCUGGGCCUGGUCAUCUUCCUCCCCUUCCGGGGCCUCCUCGCGUUCGCCACGGCCACCGGCACGCCUCUCUACUGGCUCCUGCCGAUAUUCUGGACCGUGUCAGGCAUCGCUGCCAUGGCCACCUGCGCAGCGGCGAAGUGGGUCCUGGUCGGCGUCAGGGCCGACGGCGACGCAGUGCACAUCUGGGCGCCGCAGGUGUUCCUGGACACGGUGUGGCAGGCGAUACGGACGGCCACAGGGGAGUACUUCGCGGAGCUGACGUGCGGGUCCGUGCUGUUCGCGGCAUGGAUGCGGAUGAUGGGUUCCACAGUGGCCGUCGCCGAGGGGGUCUACGUGGACUCCAUGGGCGCUCUGCUGAACCCGGAGAUGGUGCACCUGGAGAGGGGCGCCAGCGUGGGGCGGGACGCGCUGCUGUUCGGGCACGUGUACGAGGGCGAGGCCGGGAAGGUGAAGUUCGGCAAGGUCCACGUUGGGGAAGAUGGGUUCGUUGGCAGCCGGGCGGUCGCGAUGCCGGGCGUCGUCGUCGAGGACGGCGGCUACCUGGGCGCCCUGGGCCUGGCCAUGAAGGAGGAGGUCGUCAGGCACAAGCUCUAGUAGGCAGGGUUUUUGGUUUCGGCUGCCGUGUCGCGCUUGCGUGCUGCCGUUGUUUAGCUUAGGCUGGCUGCUUGUAUACGUGUGCUAGUAGCAGGAGCGAUAAUACGGCCACACGAUGAAUAAAACAAUAAGUGGCUGCUAGUAGAAGAAAACAAUCGAUUGUCUUGCGAAUGGAAGAGUAAAUUUUGCUUUGAACCAGAACUCUCCAUUUGGCGA